AAAGAUAAAACUAUCUUAAUUUAAGUGGAGGUGUCCCGUGUCUUCACUCCCGGACAUUUUGCACACGGUGCAAGGAAAGAUAUCAACAAUCUGUUGAUUAUCUGUUAAUUUAAGUGAAAUUUACGAAUAGUAUUUGAAUCGUUAAAAAAUAAAUUUGGAGGAAAAAAAAAAUUAAGGCAAAGUUUUCGUCUAAUAUUUUUUAAACAUAAAUGAUUUAUUUGAUGAUAGUUUUAGGGUUCUCUUUCCGAUCCGGUUCCAAAAAUCUUCUCAAGGAAGAAGAUGAUCAAGUUUGGCGUCGCCGGCAUCGGCAUCGUCGCCCUCAACUUCUUCGUCUUCCGCAAUUGGGUCUUCUUCCAUUCCCUCCCCAUCUUUCUCUUCUUCGUCUGGCUUCUCCUCUGUUGCCUCGCCUCGUUCCCCCCUUCCCGAUCUUCCUUACCGCUGUCUUCCCCAGCUGAAUCCGCCUCCACCGAGCCACCGCCUUUUCCCGUUAAUUCCGCCUCCACCGAGCCGCUGUCUGCCCCCGUUGGUUCCGCCUCCACCAAGCCUCUGCCUUUUCCCGUUAAUUCCGCCUCCACUGAACCGCUGCCUUCACCUGAGCCGCUUCCUUCCCCCGUUGCUUCCUCCUCCACCAAGCCGCUGCCUCUCUCACCUGAUUCCAACCGCGCCGGCCGUGCUCUCUCGCGCGUCCUCUCCGCUGUGUCCAGCGCCCCCGUCGACUCCCGCAAGUACGACCUCGUACGCUCUCUCGCCGAUCGGAUCCUUUACAGAAACCUCGGCAGCGUCGUGGAAGAACUCCUGGAUCUCAACCGCGCAGCUCUGGCCGUCGCUUUCGCGAGGACGAUCGCCCUACUCGAGGCGUCCAUCGAGGCGGAGGUGCGUCUGGCAUCGGGGCUGCGGUCGAGUUGGGCCUCUCAGGCGAGAGAUGAGCAGCGCGGUGCCUCGGCGGAGAAGCUGGCGGCGGAGACGAUGUGGCUCGGGCAAAAGAUGGCGGAGAGCAGCGCCGCCUCGACGGCGGUGACGAUGUGGGGGUCGAUGUUAAGGCUCCCUGUGCUCGCAAUCUCCGUGAAGCCGCGUCUUCAAAACGUAAUCGUCCGUGUCUGCGAAUUUAUGUUCACGCUCAUCGUCAACUCGGAGGAAUUGGAGGGAAAUUCAACAAGCUCCCGACUAGCAAUGCUCAAGGCAUGGCUGCCAUUACUUUGCCAACUUGGAAAGAAACCAGAUACGGUCAGAUUACUGGAGAGAAUGAUCGAGAAAUUUCCUUACGAGGAGCAAGAGGAUAUUCUAUCUUUCUGGCUUGAUCACUACACCAGUUGUGUCGAUUUCAAUUGUCUUAAUCUCGAAAGUUGCUACAUGCGUUGCUACUCUGAAUCUCAAAACAUCAAUCUGAAAUGAUAUUUCUGUCGUAUUUCAAUAA